UGUUAUGGUGGCUACGAGAAUUAUCGCGGAUAACUUGUUCUGUUUUGAUAGCAUUUCUUGGCAUUGAACGUCGACAUUUUGCCAUGUAGAAACGAUAUUGUAAAACGCAUAUAUCUAAAUCUUUGAUAAGUUACUUUUGGUAUUAUAACUAUGGUUUAUUUAGAGGAAUAUAAUAUUGUACCAAACCAGUCCUUGUAGCGCUCACUCACUCCUACAUUCAAGUUAGCAAGAAAUGGGUGAAUCUUCAGGCACUACACCGAAUUUCUCACAGCUUCAGGUUACAAUCUGUUCAGCCAAAGUCCAACCCCAAGGAGGCUUCUUCACGGGAAAAGCGGACCCAUAUCUUGAGCUCAGUGUUGACGGUCAACCACCGCGGAAGACUGAGGUGAUAAAAAAAUCAUGGGUUCCCAAUUGGAAUGAACAUUUCACAGUACUGGUGACACCAUACUCGAAACUUGAUUUCAAAGUGUUCAAUCACUUCGCACUGAAAGCAGACGUUUGCCUUGGGCAGUGCAUGCUCGAUCUUCAUCAGAAACUUGUUGAAAAUAAUGGCAAAUUCAGCCACUUCGCUCUGAAGUUGGAACUCAAGCUAGACAUCCGUGGAACGUAUCAACGGGCUGGUGAUCUGUUCAUCCAAAUGGACGGCAUGAAUCUGAACAUGGAGAACUUUCCCAGCAGGGAUAGGGACAUACCUAAUGGAGUAGCUAAUGGGCCAACCUCCUCACAUACUCGCAGUGCAAAUGGCAUUCCGCCGCCACCUCCACCAGCUGGAGGAGCCCGACCACGGGACAACGGGAUGCCCGCUCGAGACAUUGGGAUUCCAGCAGAUGGGUUAGGGCCACCACCAGGAGCUCCACCAGCUCCUGCACCUCGACGCCCACCCCGACCACCACCACCCGCUGGUGUAGCAACCAACGGGGAUGCCUCCCCACGAGCCAGCCCAACUGGCAAUAGCACCUCUACAUCAUCAACAACCACAACUACUACAACCACCGCUCAAGGUCAAACACCCGCAGGAGGGCCAAAUAAUCCUGAACCAUUACCGCCAGGGUGGGAGAUGCGACUUGACCCUCAUGGGCGACCCUACUUUGUUGACCAUAACACGAGGACAACCACAUGGGAAAGACCCCAGCCACUACCAGUUGGCUGGGAGCGUCGAAUCGACCCUCGAGGCCGUGUCUAUUACGUGGAUCACAACACGAGGACGACGACAUGGCAGCGACCAAACACGGACAUGGUGCAGAACAUCCAGCAAUGGCAGCAGUGGAGGACGACGAGGAAUAACCUACUCGAUACGUAUUCACAGCGGUUCCUGUUCCCCCAGCAACAACAGUCGGCCCAGGAGUCUGACCCACUUGGGCCACUACCUGAUGGAUGGGAAAAACGAGUUGAUAACAAUGGUCGGGUGUAUUUCGUGAACCACAAGAAUCGAACCACUCAGUGGGAGGACCCAAGAACGCAGGGUAUAAUUCAAGAAGAUCCAUUGCCUGAGGGCUGGGAGAUGAGGUUUACGGCUGACGGGGUUAGAUACUUUGUGGAUCACAAUACUAGGACGACUACAUUCCAAGAUCCGAGGGGUGGGCAGACAAAAGGACCGAAGGGGGCGUACGGUGUACCUAUACAGUACGAGCGAAGCUUCCGAUGGAAACUAGGCCAAUUCAGAUACCUUUGUCAAUCUAAUGCCUUACCUAGCCACGUCAAAAUCACGGUUGGGCGACAGACUUUGUUCGAGGAUUCGUUCCAUCAAAUUAUGCGACUGCAGCCAUUUGAUCUACGACGGAGGCUGUACAUCAUCUUCAGGGGAGAAGAGGGUCUGGAUUAUGGUGGCGUAGCCAGAGAAUGGUUCUUUCACUUGUCGCACGAUGUGUUGAACCCAAUGUACUGCCUGUUCCAGUAUGCAAACAAUAACAAUUACAGUUUACAGAUUAACCCCGCGUCGUCGGUUAACCCUGAUCACCUGAUGUACUUCAGGUUUAUAGGACGGUUUAUUGCUAUGGCCUUAUACCAUGGCAAGUUCAUAGACAGCGGCUUCACCCUGCCGUUCUACAAGAGGAUGUUGAAUAAAAAGCUCAUGAUAAAGGAUAUAGAGACGAUCGAUUCUGAAUUCUAUAACUCCCUCAUAUGGAUCAAAGACAACGAUAUAGAGGAGUGUGGCCUGGAGCUGUUCUUCUGCCAAGACUUUGAGGUUCUCGGUAAGAUUGAGCAACAUGAGUUGAAACCUGGCGGUGCUGAUAUCCAAGUGACUGAGGAGAACAAGGAGGAGUAUAUCAACCUGAUGACACAGUGGCGCUUCACACGAGGUGUAGAAGACCAGACGAAGGCCUUCCUGGAUGGGUUCAACGAGGUUGUUCCCCUCCAAUGGCUGCAGUACUUCGAUGAGAGGGAAUUGGAGUUGAUGUUGUGUGGUAUGCAAGAGGUGGACAUCGACGACUGGGAACGCCACACGAUCUAUCGCCACUACACCCGCAACAGCAAACAAAUCCAGUGGUUCUGGCGUCUGGUGCGCGAGAUCGACCAUGAGAAACGCACAAGGCUGCUGCAAUUUGUGACCGGAACGUGUCGACUACCAGUUGGUGGAUUUGCAGAAUUAAUGGGGAGCAAUGGACCACAAAGAUUCUGUAUCGAGAAAGUCGGGAAGGAGACGUGGCUGCCACGUAGUCACACAUGUUUCAACCGCCUUGAUCUGCCUCCGUACAAGAGCUACGAGCAGCUUGUAGAAAAACUCAACUUUGCCAUAGAGGAGACGGAGGGUUUCGGCCAAGAGUGAGAGCGCCAUGUGAUCACAGAGUUUAUUUUGAGUCAAGUUUAGGAGAACGGUUUAGAGAAGUCACAAUGGGUGUGCCUGGUGAGAAGCCAGACUGAUAUGUAAAUUUCUGCCUGAAUUCGACCAUGUGUGAUUGUUCUUUGAAUUGAGACCUAAUCGCAUUGUGGCAGGCAUGGGGGUGGGGGGGGGGGGGGCAUUAAGUGGGGUCAAGAUACCUAUCUAUGGUGAUGAUCGCAAUCAUAGAAAAAAGAUUUUUUUCGACAAUUUUUUUGCAUUUUCUAAAGUGAUCACCAUCUAAUAGAACAAGUAGCCUUCUUUUGGUUCUGAAAAACUUGACUCUCAAUCAACUUGAGAAUGUGGUGUGCAGCAUUGUUGGCUCUGGAGAGAAAUGGAGUUGUAUUCAGACAUUGGCAUUAAUUGUGAUAACUCUUUGUGCAUGGGUCGUUCGAAUUCCCCUCUGACAAAUCUGUAGUGAGAAUAUUUGAUCGGUUGACAUGGACAGGCGAUAAAUGAACGUUGGGCCAGGGGAAAACCUUGUAAUGAUUCAGUAGCAAAUGAAGUACAACUCCUUGCACAGGGAUGGAACUGAUUUCAUGUGGAUAUGCUGCAUUUGGUUGUGCUUUCUUGAAAUCAUGAACUUUGUCUGAUUAGAGAAUGCACAGACAAACGACCUCAGCUCCUUUUGAGUAAAGAAGUGUCUGGGUCAUUGUCAACAGUCUGUAAACCUAUUGUGUAACACUUUUGGAAAUAUCACCGAAAUUUGUACCACUAUGUAACAACGUAUCAUCUUGGGGUUCUGCCAGCUUCGCUAGAGAUGCUAGACUCCUUGUCUCCUUGGAGGAAAAACUAUGAUAGAUAACAUCAAACUGUGAUAUAUUAGGCCCUGAGUGCUAGUGUGUUUCUCAAGUCAAUAAACACUUUAUAUUCGCUCUCGUGGAUAAUAAUAAUUUCAAAGUAUGAUUAUGGGAAAUGUGUUGUCACAACAUUAACAUUGAGACAUUGUUAUGUAUUCUAACCUUGCAAUAGACAACCCAUCAAAUUAUGAUAAACCAAUACCGUAUGUAAACAAAGAAAAGUGUUGAAAGUUGAUUAAUCAUAUUGUCAGCAUGUGACCAAUGGGAUAAAGUUUAGGACACCUGUGGAAUUGAAAAACUUCGAGUUGGAGAAGGGGCUGCAUUUGUCAUUUCAAACACUUAGAUACAUAAUUAGUGUACACAAAAAUUAUGGGGACUUCAUGAUCAAACCGAUGGUUGGGUCGUGUAUUUUGCUCAACUAGGAUUACACUUUCGGAUAUAUUGAUAUGACAUGUAGUUACUAUGUUUACCAAUAAAUGCAUAUGAUAUUUCUACUUCACCAUGGUAACAGGUAAAUGCAUGUGACAUGUAUGUUACCAUGGUUACUGGUUAAUCCAUAUGAUGUAUACCAUGGUUUCUUGUUUCCAGUUGCUGCAUGGACCUCGAACCUUGUGUCUUAGGUCAAGGUCAUAUUGAUUGACCUUUGUCUAUGGUCAAGGUUGAGGUUGAUUGAACUUCAUCUUAGGUGACCUCAUUAAUGCUAUCAUCUGUAUUCAUCCAAGAUUCAGGUCACUAUUUCAUUUGUGGCUAGUUUGACACUUUGACCUUCAAUCAGAGGUGGUGUUUGUUGGUGAUUUGGGAUGACCUUUAAAAUGGCCGCAGGUAAUUGUAGAUAGAUUAUGGUAAUUUAAUAUUUGUAUUAUAUUGCCAUUCAGAAUGGUGUGGCGGCCACUUGACCUCUGAUUUGCAUAUUCACUGUGGGUUCUAUCACAUUGUUCAGUAUUAUGUAAUCCAGAAUUGUGGCAGUUUUCUUGACAUUUGCCGAGUGGGCAUAAGAUAUUUUCACCUCUAGGACUGGGUUGACAUCCUGUCUCCAGGGGCAGGUCCAGUUUUUAAAGGAAGACUAUAGGAAGGGGAAGGGGGGCCAGAUUAAGUUACAUGAAGAUGCUGAUAGGGGUCUCUGCUGUCUGACAGUUUAUAUGCACUAUUCAUGUUUGUUCAAGGAAUCUUUAUCAUCACAAAGUCAAACCAGACCCAGUUCCCUAACUGUCACCUGGAGAUAACCACUUGAACCCCCAAACUCCUGUCUAUAGUCCCCCUUUUUUGUAAUGAUGCCAAAAUAUUGUUUAUUAUAUCUCAUGAUGGGUCUGAUUGUCCCGAAAAAAUGUGCUGCCGAUUUUCAAUAUUGUCACAUUUUGUACAUAACUUAUAAAUAGUAGGUUGUAGUCUUGUAAUUAUUUCUGUCAAAAUGAAACCGUGUUCAAAAUGUAGUCUGGUUUGGUGACCUUUAAGGUGGCACUGCAAAAAGGAGAUGCAGCUGCUAAAUGUCAGAGGUAGAAAUGUAGCUAACUACUUCGGUAUUGCUCAUAGUAAGUUACGUCAAUUACCAUAUCGACCAGUUUACAGUGCCAUCUUUUGAUGAACGAACCGUAUUCAACAUGCUCCUUUUGUGAAAAGACUCGCCAGGAUAUUAUGUCAGAGCCUACGGCAGUUAUCUGUUCAUUUUGUACAGAUGUUGAGAUUGUUAUAAAGCUUGAUUAUCUUUCUUUAUUGUACAGUUUUACCUCUACUCUUGAAUGACAAUGAUUUCUAUCAAUGUGGGGAUGAAAAGAAAUUAUUAGCAGCUUUAAGCUGUGAAGUCAGUCAGGAGCCAUUUGGACUUGCGGGGAAAAUCUGGAGUUGCGGUAAACCCGGAAACGUCGGCACUUGCAGUUAGUCAUCCACUGGAUAUUUUCUUUUUCAGUUUUCAGGAUUGUGACGUCAAAGAGACGUCUAUGGACACCACCAGAUUUUUCCUGUGUACAAUUUGGAUGUGUUACGAAAAUUAUAUUCAGAAAUCAUUGUGACUUGCUGGAGAUUUGAUCACAAAGAUUGACGCGGACAAUAAUGCAAUAUUCACCUAAAUGUUCUAGUUGGGGAGGAGGGGAGUUUAGAUGAAUAUUUGAUCAAGUCCAUUCUGUGGUCUGAUGUCAGUUGGUAGUGGCUUGAUACCUGUUUUCUCAAAUAGCAAUGUGAUGAUUUGACCUUGACCUUAGUUCUGUGAUUUAUCUCUGAUCAUGAUCAAUUUGGGUCGUUUUGGGAUGAUUGUGAAAUACAUUGUAAAUGUAUAGCUUUAAAUAAAAAAUAUGAAUAUGAA